CUGUCAUUUUAAUUUCGUUUUGUCAUUUGAAAAAGUACACAAAAAUCUAAAACUCAAGUUGUAAAGAUUUAAAACAAGUGGUUUCUCAUCAAAAUUUUCCAAAAAAAAAUCUAAAAUAAAAUAUGGACAGUCGCUUACAACGUUAUGAAAAAAUAGAUUUUCUCGGUGAAGGGCAGUUUGCCACAGUUUACAAAGCACGAGAUAUCCACACCGACGAUAUCGUAGCCGUGAAAAAGAUAAAAAUCGGUAGUCGCGAGGAAGCCCAAGAUGGCAUUAAUCGAACUGCCUUGCGUGAAAUUAAACUCCUUCACGAAUUGCAACAUGAAAAUGUCAUCGGUUUAGUUGAUGUCUUUGGACACAAAUCAAAUGUGUCUUUAGUUUUUGAUUUUAUGGACACAGAUUUGGAAAUAAUCAUAAAAGAUCCAAAGAUUGUCUUGACUCAAGGCAAUAUAAAAGCUUACAUGAUAAUGACUCUGCAAGGUCUCGAAUAUUUGCACAUGAAUUGGAUCUUGCAUCGUGAUUUGAAGCCAAACAAUUUGCUAGUGAACUCGAAAGGAGUUUUAAAAAUCGGUGAUUUUGGGUUGGCAAAGUUCUUUGGGUCGCCAAGUCGAAUUUACACUCAUCAAGUUGUGACGCGGUGGUAUCGAGCGCCGGAAUUACUUUUCGGUGCUCGUCAAUAUGGGACGGGAAUUGAUAUUUGGGCUGUGGGUUGUAUUCUCGCCGAAUUACUUCUCCGAGUUCCCUUUUUGCCGGGUGACAGUGAUUUAGAUCAAUUGACAAAGAUAUUUCAAGCAAUGGGCACUCCGAAUGAAGAGAAUUGGCCAAAUGUUAAAUUACUGCCUGAUUUUAUGCAGUUUAAAGUGUUCCCUGGAACACCUUUGCAGCAUAUAUUUACUGCAGCUCCAGAUGAUUUAAUUGAAUUGGCCGAGAAAUUGUUGGCAUUGUGUCCAUCGAAUCGAUGUACUUGUAGUGAAGCUUUGGAUAUGAAAUAUUUCUCUACUAAACCAGCACCAAGUUUGGGAUCGAAGUUGCCAUUGCCACAAUCGAAAAAGGAAACAGUUGAUGAGAAACCGAGUUUGAAGAGGAAAUUGUUGGAGUCGAUGGAAGGGGCGACACUUCCUAAGAAAUUGCAGUUUUAAAAGUAAAAUAUUUAUUACUUUUGUUCUAUUUUUGAAGAAAAUAUAUGUUUUUUUUGUUCUUUUGUAUUAAAA